UAGCUACUGUCUUUCUCGCCCCCUCACUGUCUCUAGCUGUCUUUCUCGCCCCCUCACCGUCUCUCUCCUCACAGACAACGGUGAAGCUGGCCAGGAGAGGACAGCUACAGCUGCCCUCCGUCGCCCUCUGCAACAGACACUUCUUCUCCAAGUGGAAACUCAGAGCCCUUAACAUCAGCACUCGCCUCGCCAACUACCUGAUCGCCAUCACCGGGUCCAUCUUCGUAGUGCGAAAAGAGUUCCUGGUGACGAGUGAGGGUCAGGCCUUCCUCAGGGACUCCCACAGCCAGCUCCUCUCCCUCAUGCUCGCCCACAACUUCACACACAGCCAGCUCAUCGACGCUAUCUCAUACAGGUGUGAAGAGAUGGUGCUGCAAUGUGGGGUAGGCACUCACAAGCUGGACACUGCCGAGUGUUGCAAUCUGAUUGUGGCCACGCCCACGAUGACAGGCAAAUGUUACACCUUUUUUGGUGCUGCCAACCAUACCCAGACCAUGGAGGGAGACCACCUGGGAGUGACCAUCUACAUCAACUUUACCCAGGAUGACCAACCAGAGAUUGACCCAGUAAUCCUAGACAUGCCAAAGUUUAUGAAAGCGGGGUUCCAAAUGACAAUGAUGAGCAACCACACUCACCCCUCCUACAUGGUAGUGGGCCAGAGUGUGCCUCUCCUUCCCCGGAUGUACACUGGAGUUGAAGUCUAUCUCACUGUGGUGAGGGACGUGGGCAUGAAGACCGCUUUAGACUGGUCAGAGACCGAGUGUAUACCAUUAAACAAGAUGAAUUACAGGCUGGAUCCAGAGGCCUUCCUAAAUACUGAACCAAACUGUGAUGUCGGAGCGUCAGGUUACUGCUCCAAGCACAUAUGCAACUGCACCAUCUAUGGUCUGGAUAACUCGCAUGACAGCUGGGCUCCAUGUCCCCUGAAUAUGAAUUUCCAGUGUUUUGGCAUAAUCUUGGAUGCCAUGAAUGUUACUCGGCAAUAUUACAACAGCUCCAUUCUCCAAAAUGAAAAGAAGUUGAACAGAAAUCUGAUUUACCAGUGCUGGAAUAAAGUAAGUAAAGGAUGUCGACGUCUGUGCUCACACUAUUACUACAUGCAUGCAAGCACCCACCUGCCGAUCCAGGACUACAUUUACCAGAGCCUACACGAUCAGUUCUCUCUCCAUAAUGGGAGUGAUGUGGCAGUGGCCAUGGUAUACUUCCCUAACCUACACUACACUGAGAUCAAGCGCUGGCGUAAAGAUAUCGAGGAAUUUAUGAGUAAGUAUUUAUUAAAUCAAAUAAAUACCAGUAAAUACACAUUGAAUAGUACUGACAAUGACAGGGAAGCACUAGGUUGAGUAGAUUGUAUUGAUGAUGAUGAUGAUUCCUCUGUAAGGGCUUUAUGAAAUCU